UCGUUGAGUGUCUCGGCUACAUUAUGGAUCUAAGUGUACUCAAGACUCUGAGCUUAAAGAUCGAUCCCAUUCUUCUAAUACCUUUUGGUGUUAUGUGCUCGAUGGCUUUGCUGUGCUAUUGUUAUCACUGUCAUCAGUGUGUACGCGAUCGUCGAAGAGCUCGGAACGAGAAGCGGGAACUUCCUCAGCCUCUGAAUCGAUUAUCAAUUAGUCCCGGUUGUCCGAUCAUCGCCAAUACCAAGCUGACUCAUUGCAAUAAUCGAGUGGAGGACUAUUAACAAAUAAUUGCAAUAUUUA